CUUUCUUUUCGUUCUUUUUUAUUUGCUUCUUUGCUUUUUGCGUUUCCUUUCCUAUUUUCUAACCUCUUUACUCUGUAUAUGAUAUGGGCAGCUUAGCUGCAGCAGUAAAGGCUCGAUGGGCACUAAAACAAAAAGACACCCUUAGCAGCCUACCUGCUCGACGAGACGAGAACUAUGAAGAAAUCAUUAUGACCAGCAGAGACACCAAUAAUACAGGUCAGCAACAAUCCGGUCUGCCAAACGAUGCAGCCAGCAGUCGCACAGGCAGCACAAGCAGCAGCAGUAGUAUAUUACGCCAGGCGAACGACGAUUAUACUACUACUGCUGUUGCUGCUGCUGCUGCUGCUACUACUCCUGGGGGAACAGCACCAGGAGGAGGAGGAGGAGGGAGAGGACCGACCAAGAACACCACCAAUAACAGCAGCAGCAGCAGUAAUAAUAAUAAUAAAACAAGCGGCGUCAAGUUACGUCGUAUUUACGGUGCCGCCCGACGAGUAUUUGUGAAUCUGCCAUUACCAAAAUACGAAUUAGACAAGCACAGCAAUCCCAAACGACAGUAUGUAACGAACAAGGUGCGCACGUCAAAAUAUACGCUCUGGACAUUUGUGCCGAAAAACUUGUUUGAACAAUUCCGAAGAGCAGCCAACAUGUACUUUCUCGGCAUGGCGAUUCUUCAACUGAUACCUUAUUUCGGAGUCGACUCGCCUGCAUUGACGUUACUCCCUAUCUGCGUCGUUGUCGCUAUUACUGCGAUCAAGGAUGGAUUUGAAGAUUAUCAGCGUCACAAGGUUGACGCACGUUAUAACGGCAGUAUAUCGCAUACGCUUAUUGGAUACAGUAAUCCGAAUUAUCCACAUAACAUUCCAUUAUCGUUUUGGCAAAGGCUGCGAGGUAAAAAGCGGCAGCAACAGAUAACAGCAGCAGCAGCAUCACCAUUAUCACCGUCAUCACCAACGAGCCCAACACAGCAGCUCACAAUACCAGCAGUAAUAGAUGACAAGCGAGGCGUAUUUGGGCGAUCGCUAUCGAUGGAUGUACGAGUAGGCGAUUUUAUUCUUUUACGGAACGGUGAAAGCUGUCCUGCAGACGCAGUGCUCGUGUCCAGUUCAGAUGCAUCGGGGAUCUGUUUUGUAGAAACUAAAGACUUGGACGGCGAAACUAACCUCAAACCUCGUCACGGUAUCCCUGAGUUAAACCAUAUCCAGUCAGGCGCCGAAUGCUUGGACGAUGUUCACUUUUACAUUGAAGCAGGUGCUCCCACACCUGACCUAUACACGUUUGAGGGCACUCUGGUGCUGCUCGACAAGGACGGCACUAGCGACGGCUGGACAGAACGCAAAAAAGUACCUAUUGGGAUCGACAAUUUGGUGCUCCGGGGUCACGUUGUCAGAAACACGCAUUGGGCGAUUGCGAUUGUGUUGUACACAGGCACAGAAUCGAAAAUCAUUCAAAACUCGGGCGAAACGCCGAGCAAACGAAGUCGGAUAGAAAAGCAGAUGAACGAAGAGGUCAUUAUAGCAUUUGUCGUCUUAUUCAUAUUGUGCCUCGUCUGUGCAAUUUUAGCCGGAUUUAUGAAGGCCGCCGAUGACAGUGAUGCGGGAACGAGUUUGUAUUCGCAUGAAACAAACACCCCGGCUUUCUGGGGCUUCACGAUAUUCUGGUCGAGUUUGAUCACGUUUCAGAACAUUAUACCCAUUUCAUUAUAUGUUUCUAUUGAAUUCGUGAAAACCUUCCAGGCCUAUUUUAUAUGGAGCGACCUGGACAUGUACGACGAAGCCACAGACACAGCAUGUACACCCAAAUCCUGGAAUCUGUCUGAUGAGCUCGGCCAAGUGGAAUAUCUCUUUUCAGACAAGACCGGUACCUUGACUAGAAACAUUAUGGAAUUCCGAGAAUGCACCAUUGGGGGCAAGCGAUAUGGAAAUAAUGGAUUUUCUCCCGAAUCGGAAGGCGCAAAAGGAGCUCGAAUUCGCAAUGAAAAAGGCAACAGCAACAACAACAAUGAGCUAGUCGCUACAGAAGAUCAGCAUACCGGUUUAUUAGCCACAGAUGACGCGGUGUUAGUUGAAGAAAAGGACGUGCUUUCCGACGAAGCAGUAGCAGCGGAUCAACAACACGCUUUCAAACAGCGCCGCCUGACCAUCUUUGAAGAUUACAAACGAGGAUUGUAUUCGCUAUUCACACCACGCUACAGCAGUCUCGACCCGGAUCGCCUGCCAUUCGCUGACCCGCGCAUCUUCUGGGAUCUUCAGCCCAAGGCCAGCCCAACGCAAACGAGCACGACGUCUGAAUUGACGGCAGCCGCGUCUUCUGCGCAGGACCGGAUCCAGGAAUUUUUCAUGCUGUUAGCUCUGUGUCACACUGUCGUUGUAGACAAAAUUGACAAGGAAGGCAAGGUCAUCAUGGACAACGAUGGCGAGCUGGAUGACGAAGAGAACGAGCAGCCACAAGUGACGGAAGAGAACAACCCAGUGUACCCGUCGAACGAACGAAGCGGCAGAAGCAGCAAAGGGCUCAGGAAAAAGCUGAAAAAGAACUUACGACGACGCAAGAAGGACAAGCUCAGACGCAAGAGCAGCACACGCGGCGAAGAAUUUGAAUCACUCAUCAAUGUCGAGCGGCCCGAUAUUGUGGACAGCACGGUCGAGACCCAAUUAAUAUACAAGGCAGAAUCGCCAGAUGAAGCCGCUCUGGUCAGUGCCGCACGAGAUUUGGGCUUUUCAUUUUUGUCACGGCAGGGCAAACGCCUUACUGUCGAUAUCCUGGGCACCGAAUACGAGUUCGAGCUGCUCAAUACCUUGGACUUCAACUCGACCCGAAAACGGAUGAGCGUCAUUUUGAAACGACCGGAACCUUGGAACGACAUUGUGCUGUAUUGCAAAGGUGCCGACAAUGUGAUUCUAGAGCGCCUUGAUGCAAAGACACAGUCAAAGGAUAUACUACAACAAACUCAGAGCGACGUGGAUGCGUUCUCGAACGACGGAUUGCGGACACUUAUGCUUGCCUGUAAGACGCUAACACCCGAAGAAUACGAACAAUGGAACUCUGAGAUCGAAGCGGCAAGCACGGCAGUGGAAAAUCGGCUUGAGAAGAUUGAUGCAGUACAAGAUGCCAUUGAGCAAAACUUGACUUUGCUUGGUGCGACAGGUAUUGAAGACAAGCUGCAAGAAGGUGUGCCUCAGUGCAUCGAGGAUCUCAGACGCGCAGGCAUCAAGGUCUGGGUGCUGACGGGGGACAAGCUCGAAACGGCUAUCAAUAUUGGAUACGCAAGCAAUUUACUUGACGGAAACAUGAAUCUGUGGACGCUGCGUGGCAACAAUAAUGUCGUAGAAGACAUGGACGACACGAUGGCCCAGAUAUCGGCAGCUAUAGCUAAAGACGAUAUGACCGAAAACGCGCUCAUUAUUGAGGGAUCUGCAUUGACGAAGCUAUACGAAACGGAAGAGCUCAAAGGUCGAUUGCUCGAACUGUCACUUCUGUGCAAGAGCGUACUCUGUUGUCGCGUCAGCCCCUUGCAAAAGGCCCUGGUUGUGGAAAUGGUGAAGCAAGGCAAAGACGCAGUGACGCUGGCAGUUGGUGACGGCGCCAAUGAUGUGAGCAUGAUCCAAGCAGCCAAUAUUGGCGUCGGUAUUGCUGGUCAGGAAGGUGUUCAAGCAUCCAUGGCCUCAGAUUACGCGAUUGCCCAGUUCCGGUUUCUGCACAAACUUUUGUUGGUGCAAGGUCACUGGAACUACCAUCGUAUCUCGGAAAUGAUUCUCAACUUCUUUUACAAGAAUGUUCUCUGGGUGUUCCCGUCUCUAUGGUACCAGAUUUAUAGCCGAUUCUCUGGCAACAUCUUUUACGAUUAUUCCUUCCUACAACUGUACAACGUCAUUUUCACUGUUGCACCUGUGGUUGUCUUGGGUUGCACUGAUGAAACCAUCACUGCUCCCUAUCUACGUAAAUACCCUCAAGUCUAUGAAGUUGGCACCGACCAUCGACUCUAUACACGAAUCCGAUAUUGGCUUUACUUUGGCGAUGCAGUGUGGCACUCGCUUGUACUCUUUUACGCAUACUUUUUUGCAUACGAUGGCUUUGAUCCAAAUCCGAACGGCCGACCAAGCUCUAUGCUCCAAUUCUCAUCAGCAGUUGCUCUUGCCGCUGUGAUAGUAGCCAACCUUAUGCUCGGAUUCAACACCUAUUACUGGACAUGGUUCCAAUUCUUCUUUGUGAUUGCCGAAAUCCUCGUGACAUUUUUGUUUACCUUGAUCUAUGGUCUUUUCCAGGACGUCAAUAUCUAUGGCAUGGGCACGAUGCUUUACGGUGGCUGGUCAUUCUGGUUGAUCCUUUUGCUCGCGGUGAUCGUCUCCUUUUUGCCGCGCUACGUCGUUGUUUUUGUCAAACAAUGGUGGUAUGCAGAUGUCAUGCAUACGGUGCGGCAUGUAGAAAAACACGACAAGCAGCAGCGCAAAAAGAAUCGAAAAAAGGAUGCAUCCUUGUUGUUGAAGGAUGCCGAUGGCCGAGGACGACGACAACGUGGAGGAGGAGGUCCUUUCAAUAAGUUGUUCCAGGCCUUUUGUUAAACAAUAAUAAUAUAAUAAUAAUUUACCAAUUUGUGAUAUAUACCACAUUUUUCUCUUCUACUCCUUUUCCUCCCACAGCUUAUUUUUUUUUUGCUUUGCUUAUUUGUAUAUUAUGAUACUGUUCUUUUCAAUUCAAACGUUGUACAAAGUUUGACAUUGGACUGAUCAAUUUC